AUGGCCUCUGGCUCUUGUGGUACUUGGCUGACUUUAAUUGUUCCUACAAGCAUGACAGCUUACCUAUAUCUUUACUCACAUGGAGAAGUGUCUCUUGCAGCCUCUCAACCAGUUAUCUUGUAUGCUAUCCUUCUUCUGAUCCUCUUUUCUCGUUUUGAUAUGUUUUACAUAUCAUCACGCUUUUACUUUCUGAGGACAGUGUGGCGUAUAAUACUGCCUUUACAAGCAAUUACAUUCCCUGACUUCUUUUUGGCCGAUAUUUUUACAUUCAUGUCAAAGGUGUUCUCAGAUCUGGAGCGCUCAGUUUGUCGCAUGGUGAAUCGGCAGGUUGCGACUAUUGCUUGGUUUGAAGCAGAUUCUAUUUGUGGCAGUCACUCCAUAGCUAUUCCUCUUGUUCUCGUGCUCCCCUACUUGUGCCGUUUCUUCCAAUGCCUCCGACAGUACAAGGAUACAAAGGAGAAGACAUGUCUCUUGAAUGCCCUCAAGUACUCAACAGCAGUUCCAGUCAUUUUCCUUUCGGCUCUCAAGUAUCACGUAUUUCCUGAGCAGUGGGUUAGCUUUUACAGGCCCCUCUGGCUUAUCUCUAGUGUUAUAAAUUCACUGUAUUCCUUCUACUGGGAUAUAAAGCGAGAUUGGGAUUUGAGCAUCCUAACCAGGAUUUUCAUGUUCAGAAACCCAAGCAUAUGGACUAAUCUUCUUUAUGGGCAGAACUGGGUGUUCUACUGGGUGUUAGGCAGCAAUUUGGUUCUGCGAUGCACAUGGACAUACAAGCUCUCAGCGCAUCUUCGGCAAAACUACCUGACAGUGUUCACCAUAGCAGCACUGGAAAUACUGAGACGGUGGCAAUGGGUGUUCUUCCGAGUUGAGAACGAGUGGAACAAGAUGUCAGCCAAGCAAAACAUGGAGAUGUCAUCUAACAUGCCUUUGGAAGGAGACAGGCUACUGGAUUCCAGUGACCAUACAGUAUGA